AUGUUCCAUCAAGUUGGCGUCAAUGUUGAGCAUCGCAACUAUCUCAGAUUCCUGUGGUUGGAAGGAGGCGAUAUAGAAAAACGACCAGAGGAGUUCAGGAUGAAAGUACAUCUGUUCGGUGAAACGUCAUCCCCAGCAUGUGCAAACUUUGCACUUAAGUCUGCUGCCGACGCAUAUGAGAACACCCAUGGGAAGGCCGCGGCAGACUUUGUCCGACGAGAAUUCUAUGUAGACGAUGGGCUCAAGUCAGUCACUACCCCAGAGGAGGCAUUGGAGUUGAUCGAAACCCGUGUCAAUCUGUGCGAGCAGAGCGGGUUCCGCCUCCACAAGUUCAUCGCGAACAACAAGGAUGUGCUGCAAGCCCAAGCCAUUCCACCAAGUGAACGGGCAAAGGAUGUCCAAAAUGUUAAGGUCCUCUCAGAGGGUUUUCCAGUUGAGCGGACUCUGGGAGUACAGUGGUGUGUAGAAUCAGACACGUUCCAGUUCAGAGUACACUUCAGUGACAAACCACCCACUCGUCGGGGCAUCAUGUCAAGUGUAAGCUCCAUAUUUGACCCCCUUGGUCUCGUCUCUCCCGUGCUGCUCGUUGGAAAACAAAUUCUGCAGUCCCUCUGUCGAGAUGGUUAUGCAUGGGAUGACCCCAUUCCAGAUGAGACAAGGGCGGAGUGGGAGAAAUGGAGGCUUGAUGUCUGCGACUUGGUAUCACUAAAGAUAAGGAGAUGCUACAAACCUGAGAGUUUCAGCAGCAUACAAUCUGCAGAAUUGCAUCAUUUCUCUGAUGCCAGCGCCGAGGGCUGUGGCCAGUGUAGCUACCUGAAGCUGAUAGAUGACACAGGCUCUGUCGGUACAACGCUAGUUAUGGGGAAAUCUCGAGUCACCCCAUCGAAGCCAGUGACAAUACCCAGACUAGAACUUACAGCUGCUGUCACUUCUGUUAAAGUGAGUACAUUCCUUUCAAGAGAGCUGGAGUAUAAGAAUGUGAAACACUUCUUCUACACCGACAGCAAAGUGGUACUCGGCUAUAUUGCCAAUGACAGCAAGAGAUUUCAUGUCUUUGUUGCGAAUCGGGUACAGAAAAUACGAGAUAGUACCACUCCCGAUGAAUGGCGCCACAUUGACACCAAGAUGAAUCCUGCUGAUCCGGCUUCCCGAGGUCUUUCAGCCGGGGCCCUCAUUGAUUGCAAGCUCUGGUGGAAGGGCCCUGCCUUCCUACAGACAGCUGAUGCGCCACCACGAAAUGAUGAGCCUGCAGAGCUUAGCUCGACUGAUCCUGAAGUAAAGAAGGCAUCUGUCUUCAAUGUGGAGGCUCAUGCACCCACUUUUCCGAGCACGCUGGAGAGGUUCAACUACUUCUCUAGCUGGUUCCGCCUCAGACGGACAGUCGCAGUGUGUUUGCGAUACAUAGAAAGGCUUAAGAGACGCAUCAAAGGGGAAUCUGCGACGCCCCCAGAUGCCUACAGUCCCAUCACUGUGGACGAAUUGUGUCUGGCAGAACAAAGGAUCCUGCAUCUAACACAACAGCAGGCCUUCCCAGAAGAAAUCCGAGUGCUCAACAAACAAGAUGGUGGCAGUCUUGAUAUCCAGCGUCAGUCAACAAAGCCUCUCAGCAAGGGCAGUCCACUACGCACUCUCGACCCAAUCCUAGAUGAGAAAGGGCUGCUCAGGGUUGGUGGGCGUAUCAAGCAAGCAUCCGUUUCCGAAGACGUCAAACAUCUGAUCGUGCUCCCACGUCGCAGCCACCCCACAGAACUCUUGAUUGAACACUACCACUCCCAAAGUUGUCAUGCUGGACGUGGUAUAACACUGAAUAACAUUCGUCAGGCUGGUUUCUGGAUCUUGGGUGCACGAGCUGCCGUUGCCAGUCAUACUUGGAAGUGUGUGACCUGCCGGAAACUCAGAGGGGCACCCUGUGGACAAAAGAUGGCUGAGCUGCCAGCAGACAGGCUGAAUCCAUCCCCGCCUUUCACAUACAGCGCAGUCGACUUCUUCGGCCCCUUCCUUAUCAAAGACGGACGAAAGGAGAUGAAACGAUGGGGAGUUCUGUUCAGCUGCAUGGCCUCCCGUGCAGUCCAUAUCGAGACGGCGAAUUCCCUCAGCACAGACUCUUUUCUGAAUGCCUAUCGGAGGUUCACCUGUAGGAGAGGCCCAGUGAGGCAAUUGCGAUCGGAUCGGGGAACGAACUUUGUUGGCGGAAGGAGCGAGCUUGAUGAUGCUCUAGCCGAGAUGAAUCAACCCAAAAUCUGUAGAGAGCUCCUCCAAGAUGGCUGCGACUGGGUGACAUUCAACAUGAAUGUCCCUUCUGCCAGCCAUAUGGCUGGAGCUUGGGAACGAAUGAUUCGUUCGAUCCGAAGUGCCCUCUCAGCCUUGCUUCAUCGAAAUGGAUGUCAGCUAGACGACGAGCUCCUGCGGACUCUCAUGAUUGAAGCUGAGGCGAUUGUGAACAGUCGCCCCCUGACGUACGUCGACACGAAGGAGCCAGAUGUUCCUGAACCGCUUUCUCCAAAUCAACUUCUUACACUGAAGGGGAAGGUGGUGCUUCCUCCACCGGGAGUCUUUGUCCAACAAGAUCUUUACAGUCGACGCAGAUGGAGAAGAGUGCAGCUCCUCGCCAAUCAGUUUUGGUCACGUUGGAAGUCUGAAUAUUUCUCUUCACUUCAAGAGCGCAAGAAGUGGACCAAGUCUCGAAGGAACAUCGUGAAGGACGACAUCGUGUUGAUAAUCGACGACAAUGCACCACGAUGCCACUGGCAACUAGCACGUGUCAUCGAGACAUUCCCAAGUUUAGAUGGCUACAUCAGGAAGGUCAAGCUUCAAACCAGCCGUUCCAUAUUGGAGAGACCUAUUCAUAAGGUGGUGUUACUGCUGGACCGGGACACCCCUCCGAGGAGCCAAGAAACUGAACCAGCCUGA